AUGAUUUCACGAGCCCUAGCUGCAGUCCACCCUCUCAAAAGCACCUUCUCAAUAAGAUCAUCACCAUUUUCUUCUUCAAUUCCAAUCCCUAACAGAGACAAAGAGAUUCUAGAAAGACUCAAACACAAGGAUUGGCUAACCCCAAAAGAAGCCACAAACCUCUUAAACUCACUCAUCAACCCUUCAUCUUCCCUCCCAUUCUUCAAUCUCUAUUCUUCACGCUACGACUUUGACCCCAAUGAACCCUUUUACGUCUCGCUCAUAACCAAACUCGCCCAAUCCAAUAAUCUAACCCCAAUCCACACCCUCCACCAAUCCCUCAAACUUCACCGUCCCCAACGACGUCGUUUCUCCGACCACUUCUUCUUCACCCUCAUCAGAACCUACUCCCACACCUUCCACCGCAUCGACCACGCGCUCCACACUCUUCUCGACAUGCCCUCCUUCCAUUGUUCCCCUUCGCCUCGAACCUUUAACUUUCUCCUCAACCUUCUCGUCAAUUCCAAACUAUACGACGUCGUUCACCGCGUUUACCUUGCUGCGCCUGAACUAGGCGUUGACCUCGACGCUUGCUCGUUGAACAUCCUCAUCAAGGGGCUGUGUGCUCGCGGCGAGUUAAACGCUGCGUUUAAGGUGUUCGACGAAUUUCCCAAAUUAGGGAUUGAACCGAACGCGAGGACUUUUGCUACGUUGAUGAAGGGGUUGUGUGAGAAGGGGAUGGUGGAGGAAGCGUUUGGUUUGUUGGAGAGAAUGGAGGAGAGUGGGGUUUGUGUUGACGUGGUUGUGUUUAAUGUGUUGAUUGGGGGGUUGAGGAAGAAGGGGAGGGUUGAGGAAGGGAAGAAAUUGUUGGAGGGGAUGGUAGGAAGAGGGUGUUACCCUAAUGCUGGGUCUUAUAAUGAGGUUUUGUGUGGGUUUGUUGAGGAGAAGAGGUUUGGUGAAGCGAAAGAGGUUUUGGAGAAGAUGGGUUUGGAGGGUUUUGUUCCUAGUUAUGUGGCUUAUAAAGGUUUGGUUUUGGGGUUUUGUGAGAGGGGUUUGGUUUGGGAUGUUGAUUGGGCUCUUAGAGGUAUGGUUAGGCAAGGUUUUGUGCCGAGAAUGGGGAUGUGGAAGCGGGUUGUUAAAUGUGUUGUUUCACAGGAAAUGAGUUGUGUGUGUGUGUGUGUUGAUGAUAUUUUGAAGGAUGAACAACGGGAAAAUGUUUCUAAUAGAUGUGAUGGGGGAUGA